GUGGUACAAGAGAAUUGUCGACAAGAUCAUCGCGAGAUGAGCUUCGAGAGCUCGGAGCAUAAGAGGGGGAUAUGUCUCCUCACCUACCAUGCUUCUCCACCGUCAUCCGCAUCUCUCCUCAAGCUUCUUGAAGCUCGGCCAAGUGUCAAUUGAUUAUAAUGCCUUCUCAAUCGUGCUCCAGACUGCUCGGCACUUUGCUGGCAGUCGCAAGCCUGCACCACAUUGCGCUUGCAGCUCCUACUGGUAGCUCAACGGCUCCAGUAGCUACCAAUCUCCUGGGCUUUAGUCCCUCAAAUACGGUCAAGAACGAGGAUACAGAUAAUAUACAGUAUGCUCUUGCGGCAGGUCAAACGGACACCGGUACCAUUGGAGCAUUCCUCGACUUUAACAACGUCGAGAAUCCCCAACCUAUCCGUGGGACCAAAGGCGGAACGGACCCGGGACCAAGAACUGAAGCAUACGAUCUGCUGAAUCCCGACAAACUCGCGCCGCCAGGAAGUGACCAUGGCAAUGUCAAUAACGCACAAUGGCCAAUGGGUCUCAGUCACAUGAAGCUCGGUCUUGGCAGAGCAGGAUGGUCUCGACAGCAGAACAUAGACAAUAUCCCUACUGCGACGGAAAUGGCAGGUGUGGACAUGAGACUUGAGGAAGGUGCAUACAGAGAAUUGCAUUGGCAUAAGGCUGCUGAAUGGUCGUAUGUUUUGAACGGCAGUGUGAGAGUUGAGGCCGUGAACGAGGAUGGGCAGACGUUCGUGGAUGAUUUGAAUGCUGGUGAUGUUUGGUUCUUCCCACCCGGCGUACCACACUCUCUCCAGGGUUUGAAAGGUGGUGUGGAAUUCUUGCUUGUCUUCGAUGACGGCAGUUUCUCCGAGGACAAUACUUUCCUAGCGUCGGAACUCUUCGCAACUCAGCCAAGAGAAGUCCUCUCCAAGAACUUCGGCGGCCUUCCUCUCUCCGCCUGGGCGAACAUUCCUCCCGGCGAACUCUUCAUCUUCCCCGGCACAGACGCGCCGGCCGAUAUAUCCGAGCAGAACAUAGUCGGCUCAGCAGGUCUCGUUCCCACGCAGCAAUCAUACACAUACCAUUCUUCCAAAGCAACACCGAAUCACGUCACAGCAGGUGGGACGGUGACAAUCAUUGACCCGCUCGUGUUCCCUAUUGCGAGCGAAUUCUCAGCAGCCAUUGUGACGGUCAAGCCUGGAGCGAUCAGAGAGAUCCAUUGGCAUACUUCAAGCGAUGAGUGGAACUUCUUCAUUGCGGGAAGUGCUAGGAUUGGAAUUUACGCUGCGCAAGGAAACGCGAGAACAUUCGACUACCACGCGGGCGACACUGGAUACAUCCCAAAAUCCAUGACACACUACGUUGAGAACGUUGGCCAAGAUGACGUUAUCUUCAUCGAAGUGCUGCAGGCUGAUCAUUUCUCUGAUAUCUCGGUCGGACAAUGGGUCGGUCUUCUGCCGCCACAAAUCGUCAUUGAUACGCUGAAUCUUACCAAUGAGACCGUUAGUCAGUUCAAGAAGGAGAAGCAGUAUAUCGUGCAAGGAGAUGUUGUUGCUUAAUGUAUUAUCUGAGUUCUGCCUUGAUCAAGCGUUCUUCUGAUCUCUCUAUCUUCUUUGUGUAUACUUAUCAACUGAAUUUUGGUUUUAUGCUUGGAUUGAAGUAUCGUUGUGUAUGCAUGUAAGCAUGCAGGCAUGUCAAGUGAUAACAAAUCGCCAAGUCAGGUACCGAUAUUUUCAUGUGAAAAUGUCCCAGACCUUUUCCGUACAUUCUAAUCAACAAUCAACAGAGUGAUUUAUCGACAGAGGGAUUUAUCAACAGAGUUAUUUAGAACGUGGGAGCACGGUAAAAU